GAAUGAGAUAUUCCUUGAUUUAUAUAGAUACCAAACAGACUUGAGGCAGCAAAUCACUACUAUCGAAAUGAAAUUAUUGACUCUGGUAGGAUAUUGUUAACCAUAUUCUUUUAGUAAUCCGGGGAUCCAUCCUGAGAACCCUUCUUAGGGAGUUGACAGUGUUACUUUUUCGUCUAACAGAGAGCUAAUCGUAGCUGCAUGGCAGCAGUCUCAUCCACCCUCUCUCCAGACUAUUUUAAUUGUUGCAAAAUCUUUGACUAAGUUAUAUUUCCAUCAAACCUAAAUUCCCAGAACCAGAUUGUAUGCAUGAUGUAUGUUUGAAUGUAAAAAGUUCACAAGAGUUUAAUCCAAAUAAGAAAGGUCCAAAACUAGGUCGGUACAACUCCAAUAUGAAAGGUAGGAUCAUUGUCUAUCUUGUGAUUAAUAAAAGAAUUACGAGUAUUUAUGCAACAAGAAAGCUACAAGCAUUUGUGUAAAUUCUUUCAAUACCUUAAUUAGUAGGCCCACAUCAAUCUCAUGUGCUUUAUAGUAAGAGGUAUUAAAAUUAUUAAAAUAAAUUAGCAUAUAUAUUAAUAAUUAAUUUUAUCGUCACACCCUUUCAUACUUUGUUGUUCCCUUUGUUAUUUUAUUCCAUAUAUUAAUAAAAUACAAACUUCAAAGAUGCAGACGUCCUAUUAUUUGUAAUUUCUUCCCAACUUUUUCUUUUUACAUUUUUUUACUCAAUUUUUGAUUUUGUUACACUUCGCAUUUUAUCUAAUUUUUUAAAUUAAUUUAUUUUUAUUAAAAAAUUGAAGAACAAAGUAUAACUGAUCCCUGCAUUUUACCCUUGAUAAAAAAAACAAACAACAAAGAAUGUGCUUUCACCGAGCCGUCUGGCCGGAACAGGGCAAAAAUAUUUCAUCCGAUUUUUCGAAAUAUAUUUGCAAAAUUAAAUUCACAAGGCAAUAAAAUUAAUACAUUAAAUAACCAAGUUUUAACAAUCAAAGGUUUGCUUCCAGCUGUAUCGAGGUGUUUUUCGUGUCGCAUUUCUGCUUUUCUAAUUCCCAAUCUCUUGAAAGGAAAAUCCAAAAAUUCGAAAUCUAUUUUUGGUUUAUCAAAUUCAUAAAUGGGGAAAAGCUGUUGCAUAUUAGCAAAUAGAAUAGAGAUGUGGACGAGCAACAAUCGAAUCGUCAAUGGGGAAAAAUGACGACUGAAACGAUAUCUCGCCAUCAUUAUUGUACCUCUUGUCCUCAUCGAUGAGAAGGAACUAAGAUACCGCCCCAUUCCAUGAAUUACGAGCAGAGGCGAUUUCAAGAUGAAAUGAAAAACCAACGAUCUCAACAUAUCAACAACAUUCUUCGCUUUUUUGUCUAAUUGUGAUAGGUGGGGGUGGGGCGGCGGGAGGUGGAUGUUAGAUCGACGUUCGGCGUGCGGGUCUUUUAGAAGUGGAGAGCUGGUGGGAUUAGAUACUGCACCAAAUUUGGCUUUAUAUAGAGUUGGGCUGGCUGCAGGUUGGGAAAGAACCCUAAUCUGUUCUAGUUACCGUUUUGCCCUUGCCAUAGAGUCACUGGAGAGUGGAGACAUAUUGUAGGGAGAAAGCAACGGUGAUUGUGGCCACAGGCUGAUCCAACGGUUUACGCUGUCUAGGGUUUGAAAUUGAAAGAAAAACCCUGUCGUUCAAAUUUUCUCUCUGAAGAACCACUGAUCUCGAACCUAAUUCUUCUUGACAGAUUCUUUUCCUGCAAUUCAUCCGCUGGGACUUCUCAUUUCGAACAGAAUAAACACUCAACUUUCUUCACUAUAGGUGUGCUCGGCUUGUAAGUACGUCUCUGUUUUUCUUUUUCCUCUUUCUUGCCCUCUGUCAUUUCCGGAUUUUUAAGAAAGGACUUCAAACCUCUCAUUGAGAAAGCGUCGGAGUAGGGUUUGAUAUUGACAGCUUAUCUUUAGUGAAUAGAAAUUGAAUCUUGGGUGGGUGGGGAAGAAUUAUAUGGGUAAGUCUGGGGGUAGGAAAAAGAAAAGUGGUACGAGCCUAAACCAGAGCCAGAACCCAGUUGCCGGUGGAGAUAACCCUUCCCCACCUGUUGUUGGAACUGGUGUUAAUUUGGACUCUUCAGCUUUCCUGAAAAGAGCCCAUGAGAUCAAGGAGGAGGGUAACAGAAGGUUUCAAGCCAAAGAUUAUGUGGGUGCUCUUCAGCAAUACGAUAAUGCCCUUAAACUUACUCCAAAUGUGCAUCCUGAUCGAGCCGUAUUUCACAGUAAUAAAGCUGCUUGUUUGAUGCAAAUGAAGCCAAUUGACUAUGGUGCUGUGAUAUCCGAGUGUACAUUGGCGCUUCAGGUACAGCCGCAAUUUGUCCGAGCACUUCUUAGGAGGGCUCGUGCUUUUGAGGCGGUAGGGAAGUAUGAAAUGGCUAUGCAAGACGUGCAAUCGAUGUUGAUGGCUGAUCCAAAUCACCAUGAUGCCUUGGACAUUGCUGGACGAUUGAGGAUGUCUCUUGGCGCUCGUCAGGAGACCCAGCAGGACCCCCAGCGCCCAUCACCAGCGGCCCUUGGGGCAUCUGCAGUUCGUGGGACGCCAGUCGUGGGCCUUGGACCAUGUUCACCAGCCAGACCCGUACUUAAGAAGCCAGUGUCUUCAGUAGCAGCACCAACUGUGCCAUCUAACAAAUCGGAAAAGUUUUAUCUGAUUCCUCCGGUUGAGAAUGGUCCUGGGACCAAAAACCAGUUGCCGAAAGUUGUCUUGAAGUCUUCAAAUGGUUCUUCAGUUCCCACUGGAAAUUCUGGUAAGGAUAACCAGAGGGAACAGUCAACUAGUCCAUCAGGCUCGCUUCCACUUUGUGAGCAAGCUGCACACUCUACAAUGCGGUGGAGACCGUUGAAGCUUGUUUAUGACCAUGAUAUAAGGCGUGCCCAGAUGCCAGUGAAUUGCAGUUUCAAAGUUUUGAGAGAGGUGGUAGGCAAACGUUUUCCUAUGUCAAAAGCAGUGCUGAUUAAAUACAAGGACAAUGAUGGUGACUUGGUGACUAUAACAUCUACGCAUGAACUUAGAAUGGCUGAGUCAUGUGUCGACGACCUUAUUCAAAGUGACCCUGAUGCUGAUAAAGGAGACUCGAUUGGUAUGUUGAGGUUGCAUAUUGUUGAAGUGAGUCCUGAGCAUGAGCCACCCUUACUGGAAGAGAAGGAAGAGACACCUCUUGUGUUUGAGAUGGUAAAAGGAGAUGAAAAUGUGUCGCAACCUUCACUUGCUGAAUCUGCAGUCGAAGCUGCUCAUUCCAAGAUUGAUAACACUGAGAAAGUUGCUCAGGAGGAGAAAACUGGAAGACAAGAAGAGGUUGACUGCAAGGAGGUGGAGAUGGAUGAUUGGUUAUUUGAGUUUGCACAGCUGUUCAGGACCCAUGUCGGGGUUGAUCCUGAUGCUCAUAUUGAUUUUCAUGAGCUCGGAAUGGAGCUAUGUUCUGAAGCCCUUGAGGAAACAGUGACCAGUGAACAGGCUCAGAACCUUUUCAAGAAGGCUGCUCUGAAGUUUCAAGAGGUAGCUGCUGUGGCUUUCUUCAACUGGGCAAAUGUUCACAUGUGUGAAGCAAGGAAAAGAAUUCCGAUAGAUGGAUUGGUUGCUGCUUAUGAUUGGGUGAGAGAGAAAUAUUCUCGUGCCAGGGAGAAGUAUGAGAAGGCUAUACUAAUCAAACCAGACUUUUACGAAGGAUUGUUGGCUCUAGGUCAGCAGCAAUUUGAAAUGGCAAAGCUUCAGUGGUCAUUUGUACUAGCAAAGAAAGAUGACCUGUCAAAAUGGGAUCCAACUGAGACUAUAGAUCUUUUUGACAGCGCAGAAGAAAAAUUGAAAGCAGCAACUGAGAUUUGGGAGAAGCUGGAGGUGCAGAGAGCUAAUGAGUUGAAAGAUCCUACUACAAGCAAGAAGGAUGAACUUUUGAAACUGAGGAAGAAACAAGGUGGUGGUGCAGAAGGUGAUUCCUCCAAGUUAGGGGGUCAGGGGGAUGUUUCACCCGAGGAAGCAGCAGAGCAAGCUGCAGUUAUGCGAUUCCAAAUUCAUCUAUUCUGGGGCAACAUGCUUUUUGAGAGAUCUCAACUUGAAAGUAAAUUGGGCUUGCCUGGUUGGAAGAAGAACCUGGAUGUUGCAGUUGAGCGAUUCAGACUUGCUGGAGCUUCUGAAGCUGACAUUUCGGCAGUGUUAAACAAUCACUGCUCUAAUGAAAAAGUGGCUGAUGAACAUGAGAAGAAGACCCUGUAGUGUUACUGACGUGGUGUUGGAGAGAAAAGCCUUCCCCUCUGUUGAUGCCUUUCCUGUUCUCUUGUGUCAUGCCUCAGGGGAAAGAGAAUGCCUACCCUCUGUUUUGAAGUCUUAUACUUGGAAGAUCUUCGGUCAUGUCCAUGUAAUUCAUGGACUUCCAAGCUGACCCUAACUUUUUGCAAUGAUUUCUUAGAGAAAUUCUUUUACUGAUGCACAUUAUAAUUCAAUUCAUCAGUUGUAUCACAACUGAAAGAUAUACUUUGAUU